AUGGACAUGGGACCCCGCUGCGCCCGGCUCCUGGCUGUGCUCCUCCUGCUGGGGCUGUGUGCCCUGGUGGGGGCCCAGAAACCUGACCCCUGCCAGUGCUCACGCUUGAGCCCCAAGAACAGGGUGAAUUGCGGCUUCCCAGGCAUCACCAGCGACCAGUGCUUCUCCGCCAGCUGCUGCUUCGACUCCAGCACCCCCGGGGUCCCCUGGUGUUUCAAGCCUCUCCCCAAGCAAGAGUCAGAGGAGUGUGUCAUGGAGGUCUCGGCCCGCAAGAACUGCGGCUACCCGGGCAUCAGCCCCCAGGACUGCGCCUCCAGGAAGUGUUGCUUCUCCGACGCCAUCCCCCAAGUGCCCUGGUGCUUCUUCCCGCUCUCCGUGCAAGGUGGCCCAUGGGGAGUGUCCUGGUUGCCCCCGGAGCAGCAGCUGGUGACAUCCGACCCCCCUCCGUCAGACAACCGACCUUUCUUCCUCCCCCCUCCAUCCCCUCCUCUGCUGGGCCUAGGCCCUCCAGGGGCACCCAUAGCCCCGCUGGGCUCAGCUGGGACAUAG